UCACUUCUCUAAAAUCACAAAAACAACAUAUUCUAAAUUCAAAAGAAGAUCGUAAACUGAAAGUGAAGAAAAGAUGAGUUCUACAAGCAAAGCGUGGACGGUGGCAGUUAGCAUCGGAGUCGUAGAGACGUUGAAAGACCAGUUGGGUCUUUGUCGGUGGAACUACAUGUUCCGGUCGGUGAAUCAGCAUCUCCGGAACAAUGUCAGAACUGUUUCUCAGGGGAAAAGGUUCUCGUCUUCUGUUGCCGCAGCUAACUCGUCUGGUGAGAGUGAAAAAGCAAAGAAGUCUGAAGAAUCGCUUAGAACGGUUAUGUAUUUGAGCUGUUGGGGUCCUAAUUGAUUAGUACUUAGUUUAUAAUGUAUAGUUUUGUAAUUUUUAAGAUGACUUGGAGAAACGGAGUUU